AGAGUAAAGAAGACUUCUUGUCUUCUGCUAUAACGUAAACAACCAACAGCUUCUUAGCGUGCCGAAAAAUUGUGCAGCGUUUAUUAUUAAUGUCAAAGCCCGAGAGAACAUAUAGCAAAUAUUUUUGUAUUGAAUUCCGGAUGAAGUUAAUUUGGGAAUGUUUGUGAUAUAUCAUAAUUAUUAGUAUGGAACCAAGUCAAGCUAUCAUCAUGAAGAGUGAGAAAAAAAAUUAUUUCCAUCUGGCAUGUUCUUCGGUGUGAAUGGGCUUUUUAUAACAACUGUAGAAGUUUGAACUGACGACGUCACAUGGUCGGCGUGCGACGCACGUGCUGGCACGGCGCACUUUAUGAAAAUUUAGACCUGCAGGAUAGUUAUAUUGGUUACUCGCUCAGAGAAAACUCCCUCUAUGCUUGUUUCUAUAUUAAAGUAAUUCAGGUUUUGAAUAUUAAUCAGGAUGUGUACGACUUUGACUGAAAAUUCCAUUUCUUAGACUUCUUUGAACAUAUUUGUUGAUAUAGCGUGAAAAUGACCAGGAUCCUCUCUGUCUCUAUAGUUUUUAUGAUUGUUGUUUUCACGUCGGAAUUGUCAAUGGUGAACGGGAAAAAGAAAAAGAGUAGAAAAUUAGAAUCAAGAAAUUCGACACACGGCCUUUCCUCAAAAACAGGAAUACUUUCAAAAGACCAUGAAAAUAGGAUUCUGUGUGAGUACUACACGAAGUGGUCAGAUUGGACGCGUUGCAACCGGAAGUGUGAGCAGACGCGAGUAAGACGAUGCAACCAGCCAGAAAACUGCGGGACUAGCGUUCUCAAGGAAAAGCAAAAUUGCAAAAGACGGAAAGGAAGAUGCUCCACAUUAUCUUAUAAAGUGAUAGGAUUCCGCCGUGGAAACAGGUUAAUAGAGGAACUUUUAUACGAUUUACUGUAUGAUGGAUGGUCGCAAUGGGGGCAUUGCACUCGCUCCUGUCGCAAAAGGAGAUUUCGCAAGUGUAAAGAACACAAAAUUUGUGGUAACAGUUACAUACAGGAGGAGCGGAAGUGUCGUUUAGCGGGGACAGUCUGUGGUAAAAAAUACACAUUUAACACUUUUGAACCAGACACACACUCGCCUUCAGUCAGUGAACUAUCACCUCGGGAGUCGGCUCGCGAUCGGAAAGCUUUUCUGUUGGAAACCACUCAGGGCACCUGUGGAGUUCGGCCUCGGGGAGGAUACCGCAUUGUCGGGGGGAGAGAAGCCAUCCCCCACAGCUGGCCGUGGCAGGUCGCUAUCCUAACGAAGUGGAAGGAACAAUACUGCGGUGGCACUCUCAUCGCCCCGGGUUGGGUUUUAACUGCUGCUCAUUGCAUCAGGCGUCGGGGUCGGAAGAGGAGAGUUAUCGUUCGUGUAGGCGAACAUGAAAUAAAUGUAGACAACAAAAAUGAAAUGGACAUGAAGCUGGAAAAAGAUUUUCCUCAUAACAAUUUUGAUUACGAAACAAUCACAAAUGACAUAGCUCUUCUAAAACUUCGUAAACCGGAAAAAAUCAGUCAUAUGGUUCAAUACGCAUGCUUACCGGAGCCCUCCGAUGAACUUGCUGAUGGAACAAGUUGUUUCAUCGUGGGUUGGGGAAAGCAGAAAAAUACACAUUUAUUAGGUUCUGAAGCUCUUCGUGAAGCGGAAGUGCCAAUUGUCAGCAAGAAAAAAUGUCGAAAAGCCUUUGAUUACAAUAUAGGGGACAAACAAAUUUGCGCAGGCUUCAAAAAAGGAGGCGUUGACUCUUGCGCAGGGGACAGUGGUGGCCCCCUCAUAUGCCCCAAAAUUGUGAAUGGAACAGAGCGAUGGAUUGUUUACGGGGUAACAAGUUAUGGGGAAGGCUGUGGCCAGAAAGGAAAAUAUGGUAUAUAUACUAAGGUUACUCAUUACCUCAACUGGAUCAACCGGGUCAUAAGAAACAACAGCUGAUUUGUUGUUUGUUGUAAAUAUUUUUAAAAAAAUGAAUUUUUAGGGCUUGACUGUAUAUUUUGUUUUACUCAGGACAUCUUUAAAGUUCAGUGUUAUUUAUUUUGAUAUGUUUUAUUUCAGUUGAAUUUUCACUGUUUUAAAUCAUUUACGAAGGAAGGGUGAUGUUUUGCUCAACACUUGCGCAAUUAUAUUACGCAAGUUCGGUAAGCGUACUAAUUAUAUUUUUGCAAUGAACCACCUGUUUGCCCUUUGCGAUGUUUGGGAUUUUUCAACGAUGUAGGUGGGAGUAGGCUGCAGUUUUACGGUAAAUUGUUAAGGAAAGGCUCAAGGCGCAUUUUAUGAAAUACUAAAUAUAACCAUUCUUGCUUUCAUAAUGAUUUUAUCAAAAGAAAAUGUUAAUUAAAUCUAUAUAGUUUAUGGUUUACUGUUUAGAUUUACUAUAUACUUAUACUUCAUACAAAAGGCGUUAGAUUAAAAAAAAUGUUCCUCACAAUUUAGCAUAUCAUCAUUUUUUGUGUAUUCUUGUACCUUCUUAAAAAUGGUAUUUUUUACGACUUAAGCUUAUCGGAAAAUAUUUAUAUGAACUGUGCAUAUGCAUAUUCAUUCCUUUAUUUGCCACGUUUAUUUCUUACAUGGUUUUUAUAUUUCAUUAUAUGAAAAUGAUAACUAAAGAUAUAUUUUCUACUACAAACAUUGUUUUAAAAAACCUCAACUGUCUUGUUGGCAUUCAGGUUUAUGAGGAGGUGAUAUUUCAGGCUGCACAUCUAGUGUAGAAACAGAACCGUGCUGAUUGCAGAUAAUGACUGUGGUUUGUGGGUUGCUAAUGAUUGUCUGCCAUAAUUAUGCUCACUAGGCCAAGGCCGUUUACA